AUGCAAGAUAUUUCAGAGAGAAUUUUAAACCAUAUCGCAGAUCAUGGCGAAGUUGAUACGCUUGAUCUUGCAUUGAUUUUUGGCAUCGAUCAUCAAAAGAUCAUCGGUGGAGUGAAAAGCAUCGAAGCGACUGGCGAGCUGAUCCAGUGUGUACCAAGCACGCGUAAAUGCUGGAAGCUUACUGCCGAAGGACGUGACAUUCUGGAACAUGGUAGCCACGAAGCAAACGUUUAUAAAGCGGUCCCGCAGGGUGGCAUAACGCAAGCAGAGCUGAUGAAAUGUGGAGGGAAGAACCCGAAAGCCGGCUUCAGCAAGGCGAUGUCAAAUGGUUGGAUAUUCAUUGACAAGUCCGGUGGUGCACCAUUGGUUCGCCGCAAGGUGGACACAAUCGAGGACGAAGUCCUGAUGUAUGUGAAAGCCAUUUUCCUAGGCAAUGAGUCUGGUGUUCCAGAUGGUGUAAAAAAUGAGUACAAGAAGCGUAAGAUCCUAGAGGAAAGCGUGACGAAAAGUUUCGUACUCUCGAAAGGGCCCGAUUUUGCGACCACUCUGAAGAAACUGGAAACGGAUCUAACCGUCGAAAUGUUGGCUAGUGGUUUGUGGAAGGAUUUAAAGUUUAAGGCGUACAAUUUUGACGCCCUGGGUGCACCACCUGGACGCGGCCAGCUCCAUCCACUGAUGAAGGUGCGCACCGAGUUCCGGCAGAUAUUCCUCGAGAUGGGUUUCUCCGAGAUGCCGACGAAUAAUUUUGUCGAGUCGUGCUUCUGGAACUUUGACGCACUGUACGUCCCGCAGCAACAUCCGGCCCGUGACCAGCAGGAUACGUUCUUCGUGUCCCACCCUAAGGUGAGCGACAAGUUCCCGUUGGCGCUGGUGGAAAGUGUGCGUGAAUCGCACGAGGGCGGUGUUGAUGGUUCGAUUGGAUACCGAUACGACUGGAAGUUGGAUGAAAGCCGUAAGAACGUGCUGCGCACACAUACGACCGGUGUGAGCGCCAGGAUGCUGUACAAGGUGGCUCACCAGCCCGGUGGUUUCAAGCCGGUGAAAUACUUCAGCAUUGACAAGGUGUUCCGUAACGAAACGUUAGACGCAACCCACUUGGCGGAGUUCCAUCAGGUGGAAGGUGUCGUAGCGGACUAUGGGAUAACGUUGGGCGAUCUGAUUGGUACGUUCAAUGCGUUCUUCAACAAGCUUGGCAUUACGGAGCUGGAAUACAAACCGACAUUUAACCCAUACACGGAGCCAUCGAUGGAAAUCUUCUGCUUCCAUCCUGGGUUGCAGCGAUGGAUCGAGGUCGGUAAUUCGGGAGUGUUCCGUCCGGAGAUGCUCAUACCGCUCGGUGUACCGAAGGAGGUGAACGUAAUUGCCUGGGGACUGUCGCUCGAGCGACCCACUAUGAUCAAGUACGGUCUGAACAAUAUACGUGAUCUUAUUGGACCGAAGGUGGAUUUGAAGAUGGUCCAGGACGGUCCAAUCUGUCGUAUGAAUUGUUAA